AUGACCGCCGGAUCUUCUUCGACUAGCACCCCCUCGGCCCGCCUGUGCCCGGGCGUUGGUGAGCCCUGUCGCUUCUAUGCCGACCCAGUGCGUGGCUACUGCUCCUCUUGCUCGAGGCUUGUGGCCACUUCGGCGCCGGCUGCUGGCGAUGCGCCGGCUGCCGUCCCGCCCGAGGUGGCUGUCGCCAGCUCCCCACUGGCCGCGGCCGAAACCCCGGACAGCCCCGCCAUUGUCACGGCCACCGACGAGGCCCCUGUGGACGGCGGAUCACCGGGUCCCUCCCCGCUCAGCGAUGUGACUCCCUCAUCGCCGGGCGAUGCGGCCGCCCUGGCGACGCCCUCCUCUCCCGAGCCGUGUGAGCGGUCAACGUCGCCGGGUCCGGCUCAGCCGGUCCCCAGCUCCUCCUCCUCGCCGAUGCUGACCCCGGCCGGGAGCAUCCCGGUCCCCGGGUCGGCGGCUGUUCCUUCACCGGUGCUCAGUGCCUCCCCUUCGCUCGAGGGGUCGGCCUCCUCGCCGGCCGUGGCGGGGGGCUCCUCCUCCCCGCCGAAGUCCGCGGCCUCCGGUUCCGGGCCAUCGCGCUGUGCCGUUUGCCGCAAGCGCCUCGGUCUGCUGGGGUUCACCUGCCGGUGUUUGCGCACCCUCUGCGGCAGCCACCGCGCGGCCGAUGCCCACCAGUGUGAGAUUGACUACCGGGCACGCGCGCGCGCGCACCUCCAGGCCGCCAACCCGGCCGUUGUGGCGACCAAGAUCGACAAGAUCUAG